GUGGCCCUCUUUAAUGAAAUACUAUAAUCAGGCAGACAGUGUGAAUUGGCUGGAGGAAUACAAAGAACGGCAUAAAGCGGGAUUGAAAGCCCAAACGAUCGUCGCCUCGUUUUCCAAAAGGUUCUUUUCAGAGCACGUGCCCUGCGAUGGCUUCACUGAUAUUGAGAUUCUUGAUUGCCCCAGCCAUUUCUUUGAGGAUGAGCUGAUGUCCAUUCUUAAUACAGCAGGCAGGAAAGGGCUGACCUGGAAGUACUAUGCAAAGAAAAUUCUUUACUUCCUGCGGCAACAGAACAUUUUAAAGAAAUUGAAGACUUAUCUGGAGUACCCAGCAGAUGAGCAAUCCUUUUUAGAAGGCGCUGUGCUGAUUGACCAAUACUGUAACCCUUUGUCGGACAUCACACUCAAGAGUAUCCAAGCUCAGAUUGACGACAUCGCUGCUAAAGUUUGUAAAUUUCUCAAAUCCAGAAACCCCAGACAUCCCACUGUGGAUCGAAAAGCAGGUAUGGUCUUGGUAGUCCCUCAGGUGGAGCUUCAGGGGCAGGUUCUCGAUGCCAUGAACUGCGUCCUCUACGAGCAGCUGAAAUACCGAGGAAACGAGGUGGAUUAUUACAAUUGUCAGAAUUCAUACAUCCAUCAGGUUUUGAUUCGCAGGACCGGAAUCCCGAUCAGCUUGUCGGUGCUGUAUUUGACCAUUGCCAAGCAGUUGGGCGUCCAGCUUGAGGCGGUCAAUUUCCCCAGUCACUUUCUGCUCAGGUGGUGCCAGGGAAUAGAAGGCGCAAAUAUAUUUGACUACACAUACAUUGAUGCUUUUGGGAAGGGGCGGCAGCUGACGGUUAAAGAAUGUGAAUACUUGAUUGGGCACCACGUGACGGAGGAAUUUUACGAUGUGGCAACAGCCAAAGAGGUUCUGCAGCGAAUGGUGGGAAACUUGCUAAAUAUUGGAAAGCGGGAAAGCACUGACCAGUCAUACCAGCUCCUGAGGGACUCUUUGGACUUGUAUUUGGCCAUGUAUCCGGACAACGUCCAGCAUCUAAUGCUCCAAGCGAGACUCUAUUUCCAUCUUGGGAUCUGGCCAGAGAAGGUUCUGGACAUCUUGCAGCACAUCCAGGCCUUGGACCCCACCCAGCAAGGAGCUGUGGGGUAUUUAGUUCAGCACACCCUGGAGCACAUUGAGCGUCGGAAAGAAGAGGCUGGUCCCGAUGUGAAGCUUCAUUCCGACGAGAAACACAAAGACAUCCUCUUUUCCGUCGGCUUGGUUAUGAAACACAAAAGAUACGGCUACAACUGUGUGAUCUAUGGUUGGGACCCAGCGUGCAUGAUGGGACACGAAUGGAUCCGAAACAUGAAUGUCCACAGCCUGCCCCAUGGUCCUCACCAGCCUUUCUACAAUGUUUUGGUAGAAGAUGGGUCGUGCCGAUACGCUGCCCAAGAGAAUCUGGAACUCCACCCAGACCCUCACGAGAUCCCUCACCCAGACAUCGGCCGCUACUUCGAGGAGUUUGCCGGCACCUACUACGUGGCCAACCCAGAGUUGGAGAUCCGAUACCCCGAGGAUAUGGCGCUCACGCCUUUAGCUGGCCAGAAAACUGAAGAGAGCAAAGAAUGAGACCUUUCCCCCAGCCAUCCCCUUCCUCUUUGCAAGGACAGGGAAAAAAAAAACUUUGUGGUGAGAAUUUCAUCACGAGAAAGCUGCUGGUCUGAGGGGAACUGCAUUUCGCUAGCUAGCAGUGAAACCUGGUGUUACGCAACCCCUCGAUUGCGUUGUGUCGACACGUGGAUCGUGCAAAGUUUAGAGACCUCCUCUGAAGGGACCUCACCAAAUGAAGAACUUCUGAGACUUAAAAGUUCUUAUCCUGGAAACUCUGAGUGACCUGCCUGAUGGAAGCUGUGGAUGGUUUCUAGUUAGGACUUCCUGGAACUAACACAAUAUCUGUCUUGGCUCAACUCUGACCAGCAACGAAGUGCCAAAACCUUAGGAACGACAUGGAUGCUCCCUUACUCAAAGAUCUCAUAGAAACACCGUCAGGAUUUCUCUCCACUGCUUCAGAACAACAACUCAAUUUUUUUCUUUAAAAAACAAACCCCUCCACUGGGUUGUUGUUUUUCCUGCAGGUUUCUUGUGUUCACAUUCCAGCACGUGCGCGCGCACACACACACAUACACAAUGCCACCUUGGUGAUGCUAGAGAUGAGUACCAUCCUCCUUUUGUUCUGCUUGUUUGCUUGUUUGCUCACUCCAUAAAAAAAAGGAUAAACAAGCUAAGCGGCGUAUCUCUCAAACGUAACUCUGGGAGGAACAGAAAGCGCCGAAAGGACGUCGCAUUAAUGUCUAAAGAUUUCUUUUCUCAGGGAAAAAAAAAAAGAUCGGAGUCGGUUGAUUUUUGCAAGCCGUCUGGCGGAAAGGACCGAUCAGGCUUUCAUCAGGCGUUGUAAAAUAAUAGGUUGCAAGGCUGUGGAGUGUGUAAUUUCUAAAUUGGGGUCUCUGAGCAGCAGAGUGCAGCUUGACACUCGCUGGAGUGCGUGCGUGUGGGAAGAGAAGGUAAGCUUUUAAUCAUCAGCGUUGUAAAGGAUAAAAUGAUACGCUUCUGCGACCUUAGUCCUGAAGAUUGCUGUUUUGUAGCGGUGAAAUUGUUAUUUUUCAGGAUCGCCCUCCGUUUGCAUGCUGUGUUUUUCAUAUCCUUUUCGGCAAGCGUGAAAUUUAGGGUUAACCUACCGGGGACGGUCUUCAAACAGCUCAGAGGUUUGAGUUAAGAGUGUCGCACUGGGAACACGUGUGCACCCUUCAACAUGCAU